AUGGAUUCAAAUCCAGUUAUUGUUCUGGUCCCGGGCGCCUUUCACCGCCCAUCGGUGUGGGGUGCCGUGGCGCAAUCCCUGGGCAAGGCCGGCUACACGGUCCUGAGCCCGGGCCUGACGGUUUGCGGCGACCUGUCGUCAAAAACACCAGGCGACUCGGCAUGGGCGGAUCUGGCCGACAAAGGCCCUCUGGACGAUGUUGCGGUGAUCCAUGAGGCGUUGAUCCCGUUCCUGGAUCAGGGCCGAGAAGCUGUCAUCGUCUCCCACAGCUACGGCAGCUUGCCGGCGACACUCGCAGUCGAGGGCCAGACGGUCGCUGAACGAGCCGCGAGAGGGCUACCGGGAGGCAUCAAAGGUUUUGUCACGAUUGCUGGGUUCGCAUAUCCGGUUAGGGGCAAGGGCAUCGCGGGAGAUGAGAGCGUGCCGCCCCUCAUGCCAUACCAUACCUUGGACAAUGGCAUCGUCCAUCUUGGCGAGACAGCCAAGCCCCUGUGGUACAGCGACCUCACUCAAGAGGCGCAAGACGCUGCGUGGGCCGACCUAUUCAAGUCGCAGUCUCGCAAGAGCUUUCUGCUGUUUCCGCAGUACAUAGCCUCAGACAUUAAGGUGCCCAAGACGUACGUGCUCACCGAGGAGGACAAGGCAGUGGAUCCGACAUGGCAGGCCAUGUUUGUCAAGAAUGGAGGCUUCGAUGCCGUGGUUAGGCUUAAGUCGGGUCACACGCCUCUGCUGAGCAUGCCGGACAAAGUGGUCGAGGUCAUUCUUGGUGUUGCGAGCGGGUAG